AUGGGUAUACUUCGUAGAAUAAAGAACAGCUUGUGCUGUGUUAGCAACAAGUACUUGGACGACGACGAUGAUGACGAUGCUACCUUCGUCGAUGAAGAUUCUUCGGAAUAUAAUAGUAGUGUUAGUCCAUCGUUUAGGGUCUCUGAGAAACAACCAUUACUGAGCAGUUUCGAGCAAGAAGAAAACACACGACUCACGACACUUCAGCAGCAUCCAGUUGUCUUGAAGUCAGUAUUACGACGAAAACGGAGCGUGGUAAAUGCCGCGAACGCUCCUCGAAGGAGGUAUAAUAUUUUGCUAUUUGGUGAUAGUUUAACUGCAGGCUGGUGUGAAGGUGGUUACGGAACUUAUCAUCCUUAUGGUCUAAGACUUCAAAAACAUUUUGACGACAAAGGAUUAGACGUUGAAGUUACCGUGAGUGGUGUUCCAGGUGAAUGUUGCGUUCACAUGGAAGAAAGGUUAAAACGUGAACUAGAACAACCUGGUAAAUGGUAUGAUUGGAUAGUCAUCUUGGGAGGAACCAACGACGUGUUCCAAGGAUAUUCUGCAUGGGACAUAUUUGAUGGACUAAAGAAACUGUACACACUUAGUUCUAAACACGGAGCUCGCAUUUUGGGAAUUACAAUACCCGAAUUUGAUUGGGACGCCGUAAAUCAUUUGGAUUACCAACGACGAAUAGUUAAUGAACAUUUAAAUGUAUAUAAUAAUAGUACAACUCGAAAUGCGUAUCAACUAUUCCUUCUCGACAAGUUUCUCCCGAUGAACUCGCUUACUGAAGAACAACGUAAAAUCUUCUGGGAUUCCGACGGUAUUCAUCCAACAGAGGAUGGGUAUGACCUUAUGGGCGAUUUGGUGUGUAUUCACAAUGGAAAAGUUUAG